AUGGAAGAGGGACUCAACCAAGUCGAGCAUGAGCACAUCUCGACUUCUCUGGAAGUGGAGCAGAUCGAGAUGAACCUCUUUCGCUCGAAAUCCUUGUGGCUACCCCUGCGUGCUAGAGGUGUCUUUGGAGGACAAGUCAUCAGUCAAGCUUUAGUCUCAGCGACGAGCUGCGUUCGCUCCGAGUUUGCAUUGCAUUCCCUGCACUGUUACUUCCUGACGAGCGCCUCCCCAUCCACUCCCAUCGUCUACAGUGUCGAACGCCUGCGGGAGGGCAAGUCGUAUGUAACGCGAUCGGUCAAGGCCGUGCAAAACGGCCGCAUAAUCUUCAUCAUGCUCUGCUCGUUCCAGAAGCCGGAGCCAUGGCAGCCGACCCACCAGUGGUCGAUGCCGGACGUGCCAGCUCCAGAGCAGUGUGAGGACGAGGAGGCCGUCUAUAUGCGCAUCAUCCAGGACCCGAAGAGCCACCCAGCUUUGGUCCAGUUCUUCCAGGACCAGCUGACGGAACGAGCACGCAGCCCAAUCGCCAUCAAGUCAGCCAAAGCACACCAAGAGGCCGAAGGCGGCCGCAUCGUACGGUAUUCAUACUGGAUGAAGGCGCGCGACAUCCCCGAGUACGAGGCACCAUUCCAGAAGUGCAUUCUCUCUUAUGCUUCCGAUAUGCAUUUCAUCGGGACAGCAUCUCGGAUAAUGGGACUGCGACGUGGAGGAAAGGGUGCAGAAUCAUUGAGCAUGCUCUCCACGCUUGACCACUCAAUCUGGUUUUACAACAAUGACUUCCAUGCCGGAGAUUGGCUGCUCUACGAGAUUGACUGCCCACGCGCAGCCUCUGGCCGUGCUAUUGUGCACGGACGAAUGUACACCCGCGACGGAAAGCUCGUGGCAGUGACCUCACAGGAAGGCGUAGUCCGCGCCAAUAUCAAGGAUCCGGCGCUUCAAGAGGCGCCCGAGAAGAAGGCGCAGCCAAAGCUGUAG